AUGAACUAUCCAAACUGUACAACUUCAUACCAAUGCAAGCAUGAUGAAGUCUGUGGAGCUCCUGGCCAAUGUGUACUCCCAUCACCCGAUGGCGGAGAUUGCAAAGUCCAAACCGACUGUUCCGAGUUCAGUAGCUGUCUCAACAACAAGUGUAUAGCCUACUUCUCAGUUGAAGCUGCAGGUACAUGUCAAGGCAUGUUUGAGUGUGACAUGUCUCAAGGUUUGAUGUGCAUUCAACAAACAUGUCAGAGCAAGAAUGUACUUACUAAUGUAGGUUGUAACUCUUCGUCUGACUGUACAAGGGUGGCGCCGUACUCGAGAUGUCAAUGUAAUGGCAAUAGUGGUGCCAACAAGGGUAGAUGUAGUCCAACGAUCGAUCCUACACAAGUGUCAAAGAUGACGUUUAUCAACUAUCACAAUUGUAUUCUGAACAAUAAGUGUCCAGCUGUUAGCAAUCCCUUACCAGACAAUAGUUGUGCAGGCAAGUGUGGCAAUCCAAUCGAUGCAAUCCAGUAUGAUCCUUGCAAUGUUGGUUCAGUACUCUCGUGCAACAUCUACAUGAUCAUCACAAGUACCAUCAUAUUGGCCAUUGGACUAUACAUAUUGUAG